AUGGUAACCCUCAAUACACAAGAAGGUCAAUCGGUGGUAAGACCUCCUUUCUUUGAUGGUAAUAACUUCUUGUAUUGGAAAAAUAGGAUGUAUUAUUUCCUUAAAUCAGAAGGGGUUGACUUGUGGGAUGUUGUAGAAAAUGGGCCAUUCACCCUAACUAAAAUUGUUAAUGGUGUGCAUGUAGCUAAGCCUAAGGGUGAAUGGAGUGAGCAAGAGAAAAGAAGAGUGGCUUUAAAUGAUAAGGCUAUUCAUGUUCUACUUUGUGCAUUAAGUAGAAGUGAAUAUAAUAAAGUAUGUAUGAAGUCUACUGCAAAAGAAAUUUGGGACGCCUUGGUGGUUACUCAUGAGGGCAUUAGUCAAGUAAAGGAGAAUAAGAUGGAUUCUCGCAUCUAUCAAUAUGAAUUGUUCAAGAUGAAGUUGGAUGAAACCAUAAGUGAGAUGUAUGAUAGAUUUGCAGAGAUUAUAGGAGGAAUUGAAUCCCUUGGAAAGACAUUCACAAAUGAGGAGCUAGUAAAGAAGAUUUUAAGAAGUCUCCCUAAGGAGUGGCUACCCAAAGUAACUUCACUCAAAGAUUCCAAGGACUUAAGCAAGGAACAACUUGAUGAGCUCUUAGGAAAUCUCAUUGACUAUGAGAUGACCCUCAAAAAAGAGCAAGUGGAGGAACCUAACAAAGCCAAAAAGACCAUUGCUUUCAAAGUAUCUUCUGAAAACUCAAGUGAUGAAGAUGAUGAGUUUAAUGAGGAAGAAUUGGCUUUAAUGACAAGGAGAAUAAGGAAGAUGCUCUUCCAAAACAAGAAGUUCAUCCCAAAGAGGAACUUCAAGAAGGACAAGGGAGAAAGUCACAUUAGAACGGAUUGUCCCAAAUUAAAGAAGCCUUUUAAGAAGUUCAAGAAGAAGGCACUUAAAGCAACAAGGGAUGAAUCAAGUGACUCCGAAGAUGAGGAGAUUGGUGAUCAAAUUGCCCAAAUGUGCUUUAUGGCAAUGGAGAAAAGCUCCAAUGAAGUAACUUUAAAUGAUGAUGUUGUUGAAUUUUCUUAUGAUGAACUAGUUAAUGCUCUUAAAGUUAUGAAUGAUGAACUAGAAUUAAGUCAUAAGAGAAAUAAACAUUUAAAAAGUGAGCUUGCUAGUUUAUGGAAGGAGAAUGAGACCUCAUCUAAGGUGAUGGCAUUGGGAAGCAUGGUGAUUUCUAUGGAUGUAUUUGAGCUAGAAACCUUUUCUAGUGUCUUUGAUUCAAGAAAGAAACAAGCUUUCUUUCUAUCAUCAAUGAAGGAAAAACAAAAGAAGGAAAGGGAGAGAGAGCUUGCCGUUCAAGGAAAGGACAAACUUGUUGCAAUUUUGGACUCUCAAAGGUCUCCUAGCAUCAAGUAUGGACUUGGCUAUAGUAAAUUUACCCAAGCACCUCCUUCUAAGACCAUCUUUGUUAAAGCAUCUAGUUCUAAUGAGCCUAGUCCUCAAAUGCCUAAUCUAAUGGUUUCUAAUCCUAGAGGACAAGAACCAAAGACAUCUAGUGGAAAUGAAACUAGAAAGAUCUCAAUUCAUCAAAAUGCUUCCACACAAAAUCUUGAAAGCAAGUGGUACUUGGAUAGUGAAUGUUUAAGACACAUAACCGGAAAUGCCAAUCUCAUCCUUUCACUUGAAAAGAAAGAUGGAGGUGGGCAAGUGACUUUUGGUGAUAAUGGUAAAGGUAAAAUUGUGGGAAAAGGUAAGGUUGGUAAGGAAAACUCCCCUAUUCUUGACAAAGUGCCUUUGGUUGAUAGUUUAAAACAUAAUUUGCUUAGUGUUAAUCAAUUAUGUGAUAAGGGCUAUAGAUUUGUUUUUGAGUCUAAAUCUUGCUUUGUGUCUAAGAUGAGUGAUAAUAAAAUGUUGUUUAUUGCUAAAAGAAUUAAAAAUAUUUAUGUUAUCGAUUUGCAUGCUUUGUCUAACAAAGAUGUCAAGUGCUUUGUUUCUAUUAGUGAUGACUCUUGGACUUGGCAUAGAAGGCUUACACAUGCUAGCAUGGACUUUCUUGCAAACUUGAACAAGGAUGAGCUAGUUGAUGAGCUACCAAAGACCAAGUUUCAAAAGGAUAAGAUGUGUAUUGCAUGCCAAAUAGGUAAGCAAGUCAAGAGCUCUUUUAAAUCUAUUCAUAAGGUAUACUUGGGUUGCAUUCCUUGCUCAUAA